AUGCUUCCAAUUAAAGUACUACCAAAUUCAUUCAGUUUCGUAUCAAGAUUGCAAAUUCGAUGGAUUAGAACUAAUUUGUUAGUGAUGAAUUCUAAGGUCGGAGAUGACUCUUCGAGAGGUAAGGUAGCCGCAGAGAAGAAGGCCAAUAAGGACAGUAGUCCAAUGGAUACGAAAAUCAAAACAAUGAAGACGCUCACGAACUCGAAGAAUCCAACACGUUAUUUGAGACGAAGUUUUGUACCAAACCACAGAAAUGAGGAGAGAGAACAUGAUAAUUUAAAGGAUGUAUUGAGCAAAAAGUAUUUGAAGAUGGAAAGUUGUACUACUAUUACUACAGGAGAAGGAUACAACCUUAAAGAAUGCGUCAGGUUCCUAAAAAGUCAAGGAUAUAAACCGACAAACUUGAUAACCGGUGAAAUCGUUACAUUUAGGUACCAGGAUAAUGGCCAUAAGGGAGAUAUAAUGAUUCUGGGCCAAAAUGGAUCUAUUGUGAGUUGGGGUUUCGGUGAAUCUACCGUUAGAGACAAAAUAGUGCCUUUAGUUGAAGGAGCAAGUAUAAAUCCGUUGGCUAAAGAAGAUUUCGAGACAGAAGAUAUGGACUACGUGGAAUUAGUAAAGAAACAAGAUGUUGAAAGGUUUCUCAGCGGAAACAAUGGGGCGAAGCCAAAAUUUGUGGACGAAAGCUUUCUUUCUGGGGAUUUGAUACUAAUCAAUUCGUUAGAUGCCGAUCAAGGAAUGUUAGAUAAGGCAGCGUUUUCCAGUGGGCUGUCUAGAAGCACUAAUUUGGCUGUCCUGGAAGAAGCUAUGGAAAAACACAUAUCAAAAACGAGAACAAUAACGGAAAAUAUUUCUAAAGGGACUAAAUUGAAUUUAAAAUCAAAUGAUGCAUUAAAAUCAAUAGGCCGGCUCUUUUUAAUCAGAGGGAAAUUGAAUCUCUACUCCGAACUGAUUGAAACUCCUGAUCUUUAUUGGAGUGAACCUCAGCUAGAAGUAAUUUUUAAAAAUGUGUCGAGGUACUUAGACAUUGGCCCACGAAUAAACAUUCUGAACAGUAAACUGGAUUACUCUACGGAUGAAUGUCGAGCUCUUAUUUCUCUUCUAAACGAAAGGAAUGGUGCUUUUUUGGAAUGGAUUAUUAUAUAUCUAAUUGCCUUCGAGCUAUGCUUUGAAAUAUAUCAUUUUUACCAAAGAUACUAUUCUCCUCAGUGUAUAGAGACGAAGAGUAAUGAUCCGAAUGUUAAAGAAAAGAAUUAG